CGCAGAUUUCAGAGACCGAAACCCCUCGAUUUGUCCAUUUGUCCAAGUUCUCGUGUCCCUGCCAUGGGCGUGGCCGGCCUCAAGCUUGCGUCAUGGUUCCUUUGCACCCUGAUGGUUGAUGCGUUCAAACUCUUGGACGUGGGACCGCCCCGAACAGGGACGCAGACCAUGCACGAAGUCAUGAAGAUACUGGGUUUGAAGCCGUUGCACACUGGGUAUGAGGCAGAAUCGGUGCGUCCUGCAUUGUGUGGGUAUCUCUUUGGAAAUGGUUCCUUGGAUGAUGCUUUGGCGGUCUUUGGUGGUUAUGAUGCCGCCAUGGAUGAACCGGCGAUGCUAAUGUACGAAGAGAUAAUGGCAGCAUUUCCUGAAGCAAAGUUUCUGCUCACCAUCUCUGAUGCAGAGAGCUGGUUCGAAAACUAUGUGGAACUUUCAAGGGAGCUCAGAGCUACUGGUACUAUUUCGUUAAAGGCAUUUUUUCACAGUCUGCCUAGAAACUGCUCACGAAUGCAAUCCUGGGGCUGCAAUUUUGCCAAUCCCAGUCCAGAAGACAAGGACACUUGCUUGAAAAGCUAUCACCGCCACAUCCAGCGAGUUCAAGAUGUUAUCCCACCUGAGCGCUUGCUGGUGUACAACUGGUCUGACGGUUGGUCAGCACUUUCACAUUUCUUGGGGACCCGUAUUCCGGAAGAACAGUUCCCCCAUGAAGAUUUAGUGAAACGGAAUGCCGAGAGCCACAUCGAAGAAAGGCUGAAAGCGUGACUGUGUCUUUGUGACCUGUUGAUUUGGUGCCUCGAUGGAAAAACUUGCUGAGCUGCCGAGCUGCCCGCGUGUCGCUGUUUGCGGCGUGAGACGAGAUUUUGGGCCCAGGGCUUGUGAUUUUGGCAGCUGAUCAGUUCC